GGCCGUACACUAUAUAUUAUAUACCAAACGAGUGUUCAACAAUAUUAAUAGGUAUURUUGUUUUAGCGCCGUUUAGUGCUAUAUUGCCAUCGUCGCGAUCACGCGUUCCGUCCGUUAAGUUUUCGGGCCGUCGAGUGCCGCGAGUUUCGGGUUUUAAAUUGUUGUUUUUAUUUUUUUCGUCAAUUAGUUUCGCGUGCGCGCUCGCUACGGUGGUAUGCGCCGACCCUGUUGCCACCGCAGGACGAAGUGAUGUUAUCGAUGAACAGACCUAUUAUCUAUCAGACGACAAAUAUGGGAAUGCACAACAACACGUGCGGUGGCGGUGCGGUCAAUGGCGGUGUUGGCGUCAGCGGAGGUGGUGACAUGAUGUCGUACGCUACACACACACCGGCUACAGCCGACGAUUAUUACGGUAGUGCCAGUGGAUUGGUGGCCGACUACGACUUGCCGCAGUGCCUUGGUGGCCGGCCACCAUUGGAACCGGCGUACGCGGCCGAGUGUGGCGUUUACUACGAGAAGAACGCGUCGGCAGCCGAUUACCGGUCGUAUUAUGGAGGAGGCGGUGGCGGUGAUGGUCAAACUUACGAUCAACUGGCGGUAGAUGUUGGCGGUGGAAGUUACCAUGGUCAUCAUCAACACCACCAUCAUCACCACCAGCACCACCACCAACACGGCCAUCACCAACACCCGCUGCAGUCGGCUGAAGCCGCCGUCAUWAUCACGUCUUCRGACGGUCUGAGUUACACAAACUUGGACUGUAAUGGAAUCUCAGCCGCAGUUCACGGCCAAGACUACGGGGCGUAUUCAGACGACGGUGGUGGCGGUUACAAUGGUUACAGUGGCCAUCAUCGAGACGAUAACGCUAUCCGUAAUGAGUCGUAUUGUGGUGGCGGUGGUGCGUCUGUAGACAAUGCGUUCUUCAAUAUGCACUUGAACCACAACAACGAACACUCGGCCACCGGAAGACAGGCCGUACAGCAGCCGCGACCACCGUCCACGCAACCUCCACCACCACCGGUUCAGACGUCCGCACAGACCACGGCCACCGUAGCUGCGGCCCCGCUCCAGUUGCAGCCCACCUCGACAUCUGGUGAUGAUCGGUGUCCACGCGUCAUCAAGCAAGAGACGUCCUCCGGAGGCCAGUGUUACAGCGGCCGAGACGGUACGUCGCCAUAUAGUGACGACACAUCUACGUACCGCACCUMGUUGAUCGCUAGUCAACCGCAGCAACACGUACAACAGCAGCAGCAACAUCACCAUCACCUCCAUCACCAACAGCAGCAACAGCAGCAACACCACCACCACCACCACCAUCAUCAACCACAACAGCAGCAGCAGCAGCAACAUUGCGGUCGGCAAAAUAUUGGUGCCCAGCAAAAGCACGGAGCUGCCGCUGUCGCAGCCUCAUCGACGGUGCCCACUUACAAGUGGAUGCAAGUCAAACGAAAUGUUCCUAAACCAGCUGUAAUGAAAACCGAWUACCAUCAACACCAAAUGCAGGCGGCCAACCCGGCGUCGGUGGCGUUCGGCGGCACACCGUCAAUGAUGUCGGCGGCUGGCCACCACCAAGGCCUGCAGAUGUCGGCGGCGGACGCGGCCCACGGAGGUGCUAGUGGCCAGCAACAGCAACAACAACAGCUGCUGCAGAACAUGUUGAACCAGUCGCCGGUUUCCGUCACCCGUUCGCAGGCAAUCGGCGGCGGCGGCGGCGGCAACAGCGCGGCGAUGAUGCUGAUGAACAACACCGGCCGCACCAACUUCACCAACAAGCAGCUAACUGAGCUGGAGAAGGAGUUUCACUUCAACCGGUAUCUCACCCGGGCACGGCGGAUMGAGAUCGCGUCUGCGCUGCAGCUCAACGAGACCCAGGUGAAGAUAUGGUUCCAGAACCGGCGAAUGAAACAGAAGAAACGGCAGCGGGAAGGCCUACUUCCGGUGGCCCAGCAACAGCACCACCUACAUCAACAACAACAACAGGAGACCAUGCACCUGAGUGGGACGAGCAGCACCAGCAACUCACCGACCGCGUCCUCCAACGUGUAAUGUCCGGACGCAGAUGAUCCAGAGGCUGUGAAUUAUGACGCGUGGCCUCGCGACAUUUAUUAUGUUGACUCUUUGACGUAUAAACACGUUUUUUAAGGUUAUGUUGCCAAUCUCCACGUGUAUUCUUAUGAUUAUUACUUCUCAAAGGAUUAUAGGUACGUGAUAGAUGAAAUUGUGCACGAGUGUGCUGUUGUGAUYCGAUUGUGAAAYGUCUGUAMAUCUAUCAUGUAGACAUCMACUGCAUGGUCACGCACCCCUGCCCAAGACGUCGUGUAUUCGGUACUGGCACUGUACUACUGUAGUCUGCAAUCUGAAGUACCUAGUAUUCCGAGUAAAGUAUUUAAAUUAAUUUUCCCAAAAGCAUUUUUUUAAAUAAUGUUCUUUCACGUAUAGAUCUUUUAGAAUCGAUUUUAAUAUAAAAAUAAUUGUUAUGAAAUAAYCAUGGAUGAUUAAUUGGUUUAA